CGCGGGUGGGAAUGAAAGUAAAGUGCGCGCGCCUCGGAGCCCGGCGGAUGUUACACCCAGACCGAGAUAUGGAAUUGCCUUCUUGCUCCAGUUACCAGUUCUUGUUUUAAUUAAUUAAUUUAUUUUUUUUUUAACCUGGACUUCUCCUUUUUCUUCUUCUUCUCUUCAUCAUAUAAUCAUCAUCAUCAAACAAGCUUUUCCUUUCUCUCCAGCAUCAUCAUCAUCAUCAUUCUCUUCUUUGGUUCCGGGCGGAUCCGGUGCAGUUUUGCGCGAAUAAACCCCAGCGCGCUCCAUAUGGGUCGCGGGAGAUGGCCCCGUGUCGGCGCGUGAUUUGGCCUCAGAGGGUCCUGCGGAGGGGAAUCUGAGAUGGGUUUCGCGGCGGUUUCGGCCACAGCGGAGCCUCGGCGCUCAUGGAGCCGCGCGGCCAGGGACUGGCUCUGGGUCGCGGUGCUCUCUCUGCUCGCCACUCUGCCCGUGCAGCGCCUCCGCGCCUUCCCGUCUUCCCUCAGCGACUGCCAGACGCCCACCGGGUGGAACUGCUCGGGUGAUGAUGACCGGGACACAGAUCUCUUCCUGUGUGACACCAACACCUGCAAGUUUGAUGGCGAGUGUCUCAGAAUCGGGGACAUUAUAACCUGCAUCUGUGAUUUCAAGUGUAACAACGACUACGCCCCAGUGUGCGGCUCCAAUAACAAGUUCUACAAUAACGAGUGUUUGCUCCGGAGGGACGCCUGCAAACAGCAGACCGAGAUCCUGGUGGUGUCUGAGGGACCCUGUCCUAUCGAGGCUGGAUCUGGAUCUGGGGAUGAAGCAGGGAACGAGGGCUCGGCCGAGAACGGACAGAAGGAGACGUCCACCUGCGAUAUCUGCCAGUUCGGGGCUGAGUGUGACGUGGAUGCAGAGGAUGUAUGGUGCGUGUGCAACAUCGACUGUUCACACAUAAGCUUCAACCCGGUGUGCGCGUCAGACGGCCGCUCGUACGACAACCCGUGCCAAGUGAAAGAAGCGUCGUGUCAAAGACAGGAGCACAUCGAGGUUAUGGACUUGGGUCACUGUCAAGGUGGCAGGAUAACAGGAAACAAACCCGGGGAUGGACACUACACCAGAGCCGAAUUGCCAGAAGUGAAGCCAGAAGUGUCGGAAGUGGCACAAGGGAUCUACAUCCCUUGUCCAGAACGAUUCAAGAACUACUGCAUACACGGAGACUGUGAAUACCCGAGCAAGCUUUCCACACCGUCCUGCAGUUGUCACUCAGGCUUCAGCGGCCCACAGUGUGACACCAAGGAGUACAACGUGCUGUAUGUGGUGCCGGGUUCCGGAAAAGCCCGCUACGUCCUCAUCGCCUCCAUCAUCGGAGCCCUGCAGGUGGCCAUCAUCUGUGUGGUGGUGCUGUGUAUCACCCGGAAGUGCCCACGGACUAACCGUAUCAACCGUCAAAAGCAAAACGUCACGCACUACAACUCGGAGAACACCCUGCGCGCCUCCACUCGCCUCAUCUAAGUGUCAAGGAGAAGCCUCACAACCGUGGGAUCUGUAGAAACAAGAGAUUAAAGAUACAAAAACAGCCACUUCUUCCUGCCUCCUGGUGCAAAAAAGAUGGACCAUACUGGAGCGUACGACUGGACAGAGGGGAAGGGGUGAUGGUGGGGGUGUAGGUGAGGCUGAGUGGGGUGACACGUGGUGCCUUCUACCUGUGGCACAGGACACAAACUGAGAGCAUCUUAGGACAUUACCUUAGGACAAGUCCUACUAUUUGGUUACGUAUGGGUAAUAUUUCCACUAGUUUCUUUGUUUUGUCUUGGUGGGGUCUUUUUCUGUAAAUGUAAAUAAAUAAUUUAUAUCACAAAACAGAUAAUAGCAUGCAACUGUAUUUUUAUGGCGGGUGCCAAUUUGGCAAGAAUAGGGGUUCUUAACUUUUUUAUAGACGACACUACAUCUGUGGGUUAAUGUAAAAUUUUAGAGUAAUGAUUUUGCUAUGGACACCGUCUCACAGCCUGGUAUACGUUAUGUGUUACACCUGUUCUGACCACUAGGAGUAGAUUUGUGCAAAAUAAUGUAACUUCUUGUGCCUUAGAUCAGAGCUUAUCAGAACUGACCCAUUAAAUGCAAUUACAGUUGUAACAUCGUAACCGACACUGGUAGUCCUAAAAUAUAUCUAUAUAUAUCUAUAUAUAUUUAU